UCAGACAUCUGAGUUUAAACAUAAUAUCUACCAAUUGAUAAUUUCCGCUUGAUAUCGUUUUCAAAACUAGUUUCGAAAAAGAAAAUGUCGCAUGCUCAGUUGCGGAGUACCAAUAGAAAAGUCCGAAAACGUUGAAGGUACUGUCAGUAAUGCUUGUAAACUCACGUGGAACGUGUAUUAUAAAUAGAGACCAAAAUGGAACAAUUUCAAAUUGAACCUAGGCGGCCCACCCCAGAUCCAGACUUCCCGAAGUACAAAUAUAGAUUCCUGAUAGUGAUUCUUUACGGCUUUUACUCUGGUGCCAAUUUUUAUCAACUUAAUCAAUUCACCAUAAUUGAGAAUGUGAUCGCACCGCAUUACAAAACUAGUAGCUACGCAGUGAAUAUUUCCCAAUUGAUAUUCAUGGUAGACCUGAUUAUAUUCAUAGUACCUGUAGUUCGCAUUAUAGAGCAAUAUGACUUAAAGGUUGCAAGCGUAUUAUGCUCAAGCCUCACUUUUUUAGGGGCUGUCAUGAAAGUUUUCUUUACAGCACCCAGCCCUGAUGACUUCUAUUUUAUUCUGGUAGCCCAAUUCAUCUGUGGGAUUGGUCAAGUGUUCACUAUAAUGCUUCCGGCUAAAGUUGUGGCUGUUUGGUUCCCAUCAGAAGAACAGAACAGAGCAUGUGCAGCAGCACUUUUUGGUGGCGAACUAGGAAUGUUACUGGGAGCUGUUUGUCCCAUAUUGUAUGUCCAUGAGAAAAACACUAAUGCAGAAAUUACGAGUGGACUUCGCCAGAUGUUACAAUCCAAUGCGGUUAUUUGUGCAUUAGCAUUCCUUGCGGUUCUUGUUCUUUUCAAACCUAAGCCACCAGCGCCACCUAGCGCGAUACAAUCAUUAGUUCAAGAUCAUAAGACACAUUAUUACACAGCUUUCUUCGAACUUUCCGCUAACAAAGAUUUUCUUUAUCUUGUUCUACUUUUUGGAAUUUCCUGCGGCAUGUGGUCUGUAUUCGGUAUUUUUGAAAAUUUGAUUUAUUUACAUUAUUUCCCGAAAUCAUUAAUGGAUCUGACAACUAUUACUGCGAUCACCUCAAUAUCUGGUGGAAUGAUAGGAAAUUACUUAUUUGGAUAUAUUUUGGACAAAACGUUAAAAUAUAAGCUUUUCACAUUUUUGAACUUCGUUUGCAUAACUCUGAGCUAUUGUGCUAUGGUUGUUUUCCUCGAAAUGAGGUGGCACUGGUCGUCUUACAUAACGGUGAUAUUGUUUGGAUUUUUCUCAUCGUGUUCUGUGAACAUAAGUUUUCAGUACAUUGCAGAAGUUACUUAUCCGAUAUCAUCGGUGGUUCCUAUAGCCUGUCUUCAAGUUAUUAUCUGUGCAGUAACAGUCAUAAGCCAAGUUAUUUUCAGCCUUCUACUGGCAGAAGGAUAUAUCAUGAUAGUUCAUUGGUUAACAAUGGCAACAUUUUGCAUAAUAACUUUUGGUACCUAUUUCUUGAGUUCCAAUCUGAAAAGAAUGAGGGGCAGACAAGAAAUUCGAGAGCUUCGAGAGCGUCGAGAGCGCAGAGAGCGACGAGACUAGUGAGAAAACUUACAAUGCAAGUUUUAUCGACUGCCUUUUUAUUUAUUUUUGUGUAUAUUUUGACGAAUGGGCUUCAUUUCUAGAAGACACGAUCAUUAUCCGAUUGAAUAUUCCAUCAAAAUAUUCAUAUUGGAUUAAUGAAAAGAACAUUUUUUAUAUAACUCAUUCGUACGAAAUGGUUGUAUAAUGUUAUGUAUAAAUUGUAUCGUCUAUACACAUAUAAUGUUUUACGUUUUAUGAACUAUGUUAGUUUUUAUAAAACUGUUUCGAAAAAUAUUCAGAACUGAAUAUUUUUCUGUGAAUUCUUUAUGGAAUUGCAUUUGUAACCUUAGCAGCAUAUAAUCUAUAUAACAUUGAUGUGAUUUUUAAAUAAAAACUUCUUGCGCUUAUUUUUUAUGUUGAACACGAAUUUAUGAUGA